UGGACCACGUGAUCUCUGAGAUGGCGUUCUACGAGCGCACAGACCCGCCCCAGCAGCUGUCCGGGCAGUACAUGCAGGGGUUCGACCAGGACGAGAUCUUCUAUGUGGACCUGGAGAGGAAGGAGACCGUCUGGCGCCUGCCCGACUUUGGCAAGUUCGCUAGCUUCGAGGCGCAGGGCAUCCUGGGUGGCAUGGCUGUGCUCAAGAACAACCUGGAGACCCUGAUCAAGAUGUCCAACCACACAGAGGCCCAGAAUG